AUGGUGUCGGGCGGGUGCGCGUGGCAGUCCGGCCGCCCCCGCAGCUCGCUCCGGUCCCGGCGCCGCCGGCUCCCGUUCGGAUGCCGCUGCCGGCCGCCGCUUGCGAUGGUCCACGCCGGGCCGGCCGCGCGCGCGAUGUUCGCCGCCGCUGAGGCCAAACCGCGCCGCGCCGUCUCGCCACUCGGUAUCCCCAAGUCGCCGUCGUUCCACUCGGGCCUCGACCUCGUCGCGAGCCAGGCCAACAAGCGCUCCGAGAGCGUGUCGGACGUGGCCCGGGCGUUCCGCUUCGCACUCACCGGCGCUGCCAUGGAGGGCCAGGGGCCGCCGCAGAAGGCACCGUCGCCGCCCGAGCCGCGCUCCCCACCGCCCCCCGCGGCCGUCUCGCCCGAGCGUCCGCAGCCGCCCAACGCCGACAAAGAGAGUCUCAUGGUCCAACUGCCGCUCCUCAAAGAUGCACCGGCAGCGGAACGCGAGCAACUGUUCGUGCAGAAGCUACGCCAGUGCUGCCUGCUGUUCGACUUCGCGGACGAGCCGCUCUCGGACCUGAAAUGGAAGGAGGUGAAGCGCGCCGCGCUGCUCGAGAUGGUCGACUACGUCACCACUCAGCGCGGCGUCAUCACAGAGGCUAUUUAUCCGGAGGCGGUCAACAUGUUCGCGAUCAAUUUGUUCCGAACUUUGCCGCCAUCUUCGAAUCCGAACGGUGCCGAGUUCGACCCUGAGGAGGACGAGCCUACUCUAGAAGCUGCAUGGCCACACCUUCAGCUGGUCUAUGAACUGUUCCUGAGGCUGCUCGAGUCGCCAGACUUCCAGCCGAACAUCGCCAAGAAGUAUAUUGAUCAGAAGUUUGUUUUACAAUUACUAGACUUAUUUGACACAGAGGACCCGCGGGAGCGGGAUUUCCUGAAGACUACACUACAUCGGAUAUACGGAAAAUUCUUAGUACUACGCGCCUACAUAAGGAAACAAAUUAAUAAUGUAUUUUAUAGUUUUAUAUACGAGACAGAACAUCACAACGGCAUCGCAGAGCUGCUGGAGAUCCUAGGUUCAAUCAUCAACGGCUUCGCGUUGCCGCUCAAAGAGGAGCACAAAUUGUUCUUAUUAAGGGUACUGCUGCCCCUGCACAAAGUGAAAUCACUGUCGGUGUAUCACCCACAACUCGCAUACUGCGUGGUCCAGUUCCUAGAAAAGGAUCCGUCGCUGACUCAGCCUGUUGUCAGGGCAUUAUUAAAAUAUUGGCCGAAAACCCAUUCACCCAAAGAGGUGAUGUUUCUCAACGAGAUGGAAGAGAUUCUCGAUGUCAUCGAGCCAGCUGAGUUCCAGAAAAUCAUGGACCCACUGUUCCGACAGCUGGCGAAAUGCGUGUCCAGUCCACAUUUUCAGGUAGCGGAACGCGCACUCUACUAUUGGAACAACGAAUACAUAAUGUCGCUCAUAUCGGACAACGCGACACACAUACUGCCGAUAAUGUUCCCCUCGCUGUACCGGAACACGAAGAGCCACUGGAACAAGACUAUCCACGGUCUCGUCUACAACGCCCUCAAGCUCUUUAUGGAGAUGAAUCAGAAACUUUUCGACGAGUGCACGCAACAGUACAAACAGGAGAAGCAGAAAGAACGCGAGCGGUUACUUCAGCGCGAGGAGAUUUGGCAGCGGUUGGAAGAGCGUGCGGCAGCGAACCCGGCGAUCUCUCAGCUGUCGCUGCCCGCCCCCUCCCCUGCUCCCGCCACGUCGCCUGCGCCCGCGCACUCCCCGCCCGAGCCCACGCCGCACCCCGCACACCUUGCGGCCUCGGAACCCGCGCGCCGCCCCGACCGGGAACAGAACGACACAAGAAAACAAGCCUACAACAACACGAGUAAACCGUUACUGCGCAAGAAAUCCGACUUGCCAGCGGACGCGUCAACGGUGAAGGCGCUCGUCGACCACAAACGCGCGGACCCGUACCUGAGCACGCCGCCAGACGCGGACCGCUGCUAG